ACAUAAGAUUAGAUCGACAACUCCGAGAUGCCAUGGAAGAAACAUGGAAGGACAAAGCCUACUGAUACGUCAAAACAGUAGGACCCAACCCCGGCAAAUUUUCAAACGUCACUCACACUCCACAGUAACACCCUUCCGAAAAAGGCAAAACCGGCUCGUGCCGGUUGCACCCUCUUUAGGUCCUCCGCCUCCGGUGACCGUACCCCUACCAGUCUCUCCCAUUCCCCACUUCUGCUUCAAGAUCCCUAAGGUUCAUCUCUUCAAUCUGCUUCUUAGACUCCAAUGGCUGACAUCAACCCCACCUCAGAACCAUAGCGUCUUUGUUCUUCUAUGUAAUCGUUUUAAAAAGCGCCUUGCUUUUCUUAUUUCAGGCGUUAAUUGGAUUCUUUUUAGUGAUAUGGAUGCUGUGAGUAGCAGUAGGAACGACAUGAAUGAUGAGUCGACGAGCGGAGGGGAAGCUCAGGGAGGGCAAGCUCAGCCGGUGGCGGUUCACAGUGCCAACGCGCCUCCGCCGUUCUUGAGCAAGACGUACGAUAUGGUGGAUGACCCGGCCACCGACGCGAUCGUUUCCUGGAGCCUUACCAAUAACAGCUUCGUCGUCUGGAACACUCCUGAGUUUGCGCGCGAUCUUCUCCCCAAAUACUUUAAGCACAACAACUUCUCCAGCUUCGUCAGGCAGCUGAACACCUAUGGGUUUAGGAAGGUUGAUCCUGACAGAUGGGAAUUUGCAAAUGAGGGCUUUUUAAGGGGUCAGAAACACCUGCUUAAGGGUAUUACUCGACGGAAGCCUGCCCAUGGAAAUGGUCCUCAGCAGCCCCAACAAUCACAUGGACAGAGUUCAUCUGUGGGCCCCUGUGUUGAGGUUGGGAAAUUUGGGAUUGAGGAAGAGAUUGAGAGGCUUAAGAGGGACAAAAAUGUGCUUAUGCAGGAACUUGUCAGGUUAAGGCAGCAGCAACAGUCUACUGACAACCAGCUACAGAAAAUGGUGCAGCAAUUUCAGGGGAUGGAGCAACGGCAGCAACAGAUGAUGUCAUUCCUGGCAAAGGCUGUUCAGAGUCCUGGCUUUUUGGCUCAGUUUGUACAGCAGCAAAAUGAGAGCAAUAGGCGUAUAAGUGAAACCAACAAGAAAAGGAGGCUUAAGCAGGAUGGUGUCAUUGAGAAUGAGCAUUCUGGUGCUCCUGAUGGACAGAUUGUUAAAUAUCAGCCUUACAUGAAUGACACACAAGCAAUGAUCUGGCAGUUCAUGAAAACGGAUUCUUCUCAGCUGGAAUCUUUCAACAACAAUCAUGAAAAUUUCCUGCUUGGUGAUUGUUCAUCAUCAUCUAGCGGAGUAGAUAGUGGAAGUUCUCCAGACCGCAUAAGAGGAGUGACCUUUCAGGAGGUCCCGCCAACUUCAAGGCCAUCAACUUUUGUGCCAGCAGGUUUGGGGAUCUCAGGGCAUGGCCCCGCAGUUGCCACAUCUGAAGUUUGGUCUUCACCCCAUGCCACUACUUCUGAAAAAGUUUCAACAGCUCAAUUUCCUGAUAUGAGUGGAAUAGCUAGAGCACAAGAGUCACCCUCCAUCUCUUCUUCUUCCAAAGAUGUAAUCAUGACGGAACUCACCAAAACUUCAGGAAUGGUACCAGAACGCGCUGCUGAUAUUCCUGCAGAAAAUUAUUUCCAGUCAGAAACAGGGGGUGAUAGAUUAAGUGAUCAAACUUCAAUGGAUAUAAAUAGCUCCAUAUUAAGUAAUGCCAUUCCUCGGAAUGAAGACAUAGAUGCUUUGCUGGCAGAUUCUAACUUCUGGGAAAAUAUUUUUGUGCAAAGUCCAGUGCCUGAGGAUAUUGAACCAAACUCAGUGGAUGGUAGAAACAAGAGAAGUGAAGGACAGGUAGUGGAGAAUGGAUGGGAUAACACUCAGCCUAUAGAUAAGCUCACAGAAAAAAUGGGCUUCCUCACAUCAGAUAGACAAGGGGUUUAAUCUUGCCAGUCAAAUUGUAUGAUUCUCUUUCACAACAUUUUAGGUAAAAAUCCUCUCAUUUUGACCAUUGAAACCAACAACUAAUUUUAUUUCUAGCCUUCCACUGAGGCUGAGUCUUAUCAAAUACUGUUGCGUUUUUUUGUUUUAGCUAUUGUACAGGUGGUUGUAAUGUUUCAGGAAGAUGGCAAGGAUGGUUCAGUUGUAAGGAAAUGGGCAUCCCGUUCUUUCUUGGUCAAGCACAUUAGUCGGCAAUGUAGGUGCUUCUGUGCUGCGUCUUUCAUGAUUUACAGUAGAGAGUUUAGUGUUUCUUGCUGUUGGGAUUGCAAAAUAAAAAGUUAUUAAAUGAGAAACAGUCCUCAACAAUUAAAAGAUUUAAUAUUGU